AUGACAACGGUGGCCGAGAUGCCGGCCCGGUACGAGGAGGCCGCGGCGCCGGAGCAGGCGGCCACGGCGGCCUCGGCCGAGCGGGUCUCACCCCUGAUGCGCGCCUGCCUGAGGGACGACGUGAAUGAGGUGCAACGGAUCCUAGGAAGCCAGGACGCUCGACCCGACCUGCUGGACGCCGCCGACGAGGACGGGCUGACGCCGCUGUUGCUGGCCGUCAUCAGUGGGCAGCAGCCGCUGCUGACUCUGCUGCUGGAGCGGGGCGCUGACAAGGACUGGAGGGACCACGAGCGGCACUCGGCCGUCCACUGGGCCACAGUGUGCGGCGAGCUGGGCCUGCUGGACGUGCUGCUGGAGGCCGGCGCCAACGCGUCCACCCCGGACAUCCACGGCGCUUACCCGAUCCACUACGCCGCCCAGAUGUGCGGCCCUAACUCAGAAAUGGCAACGGACGUGCGCGUCGGCCUGCUGGCGCUGCGGCGGCUGCUGGCCGCGGGGGUGGACGUGCACGUGGUGGACCACGACGGCCGUCAGCCGCUGCUCUGGGCCGCCUCAGCCGGCAGCUCGGACGCGCUGGUCAGCCUGGUGAACGCCGGAGCCAGCGUGGCGGCCGCCGACAAGGACGGCCUCACCGCGCUGCACUGCGCGGCCAGCCGGGGACACACGGACUGCAUCGACACCCUGGUCACGCUGUGCGGCGCCGACGUGGACGUGAUGGACAGCAACGGCUGCACGGCCCUCUUCUACGCCGUCACGCUGGGCCACGCCGACUGCACCGAGCUACUGCUCCGGAGCGGCGCCGAGCCCAACCGACAGGACCGCAAGGGACGCACGCCGGCCCACUGCGGCGCUGCGAAGGGCCAGAUAGAGACGGUGAAGAUGCUGGCUCGAUACAGCGCCAGCCUGGGCAUCCGCAACGUGAGGGGGGACCUGCCGCUUCACGAGGCCGUCCGGUCCGGCAGAAAGGAGCUGGUCAGGUGGCUGCUGCAGCAGCGCCCGGAGUCGGUCAACCACGCCAACAACGAGGGCAGGUGUCCGCUGCAUACGGCCGCCAUGACCAACAACGUCGAGAUGUGCAAGGUGCUGAUGGACCUGCACGCCCAAGUGAACCCUCUGAUGCGGUCGAGCACCGGCCAGCUGAUGACACCCCUGGACUCGGCUCUGAGCAGGGGCAGCCGCAGCUGCGCCAAAUACCUCCAGCUGCACGGAGGAGCGUCGGCCAGCGCACUCACAGACCUCAGGUCACCGCCUCAGGUCAACGACUCCGGGUAG